AUGCACCUGGCAGGCAUGGAAGAGGUUCCCUUGGGUCCUGCUCAGAGGAGUUACGCUGGGGAAAGCAAGUUGAGGUGCUCCUUGAAGAAAAUAGGGAAUCUCACAUCUCAGGGGUUCUGUCCUGGCCUGCCGCCCUGGAUCGUCCAGCCUGGGUCGGGACCUGGCACUCGCCCUCAACCAAAAUGGCGCCGACGGCCUCAGUACGUCAAGCGACGUGCCCGCCGGCCUCCUCCCGCGCUUCUUUUAUCCCCGCAGCCGGAAGCCGAGCAGCAGAGCAGAAAGCCUGACUUUGGGGUCCGCGGUGGUUUAGGCAGCGCCAGGGCUGUUGUGUGGCUGCACGGUGGUGCUGCAGGGCGGGAUGCUGUACCCCCGGGAGAGCCCGUCAUGGAAGUGCAAGGAGCUGGACAGCCCCUGGAGCUUCCGCGCCGACUUCUCCGACGACCGGCGCCGGGGCUUCCAGGAGCGGUGGUAGCGGCCGCUGCUGCGUUUGGCCCCACCCUGGACAUGCAGGUUCUCUCCAGCUUCAAGAACAUCUGCCAGGACUCGCGGCUAUGGCAUUUUUGUCAGCUGGGUGUGGCACAAAUGGGAUGUGACCUUGCCAGAGUGGUGGACCCAGGACCUGCAGAGAAGAGUGGUGCUGAGGAUUGGCAGUGCCCACUCCUAUGCCAUUCUGAAUGGACGGGCCUGGAUCUGGGGAGGCCACAGACAUGUGAGCUGAGGUGAAACAACCCACAGCAGGGGUCCAGCAAACCACAGUUCUACCACCCUGAAUAUCCCAAGGGUUACUUUGUCC